UAAUAUUAGAUGGACCGACAAAGGGUUCAAACUGUGCCAUUAAUGGAGGCGACAACACUUGGAUUCCCACUGAUUCUUUCAGCUUCCAUGUCUCAUCUCUCUAUUCUCUCUCUUUCUCCAUACUUUACAGUCGAAGUUGCACCCAGCAUGAGUUUUGAGCAAACCUACGCACCUUUACACCUUAAAUAUAAUGCCCCUCAAGCCCAAACCCUUACAAACAUCUCUCAUCUCUCUAACUUCUAUUCUCUCUCUUCUCUCUCUCUCUCUAAAUCUCUCUCUCGCUCUCUAAACAAAAAGGUAUGGACUUUCAGCCAAAUACAUCUCUACAUCUAAGUCUACCAAGUUACAAGAAUCACCAACUAAACCUAGAACUUGUUCUCGAGCCUUCUUCUAUGUCUUCUUCUUCUUCUUCUUCCACGAACUCAUCAUCAUGUUUGGAGCAGCCUAGGGUAUUCUCUUGUAACUAUUGUCAGAGAAAGUUUUAUAGCUCUCAAGCUCUUGGUGGUCAUCAAAACGCUCAUAAGCUCGAGAGAACCUUAGCCAAGAAGAGUCGAGAACUCUUUAGAUCCUCAACCACUGUCGAUUCCGAUCAGCCUUACCCAUUCUCCGGAAGGUUUGAGCUCUAUGGCCGUGGCUACGAAGGAUUUGUUGAAAGCGGCAGCUCGAGGGACUUCUCCGCCCGCCGUGUGCCGGAGAGUGGUCUUGAUCAGGAUCAGGAGAUGGGUCACCUUGACUUGUCGUUAAGGCUCUAAAAUAAUAUUUUGUUAGUCAUAUUAUUAUAUCAAUUGUCAAACUUUAUAUUAAUUGUUUUUCUAUGAGUCUAAUACAUAUUAGUAAUUUCCUCUUAUCUUAAAGUUCACGGUGUAACUAUAGUCCUAAAUUCAAGUCAAAAUCUGAUUUUGGAGGAUCAUAUCGUACCUACAUAUUUUUGGAAUUGAUUAAAAUAUGUACAAAUAAUGAAGGAUAUGUAUUUUCUCUAUAUAACUAGUUAUUUUAAUUAUACAUAGUAUAAGCACAUAUAUUACUGCAUUAUAAAAUGAAUGAAUGUCGCUUGUAUACAAUACAUUAUUGAUCAAUA